AUGCAAAGUGUUUUCCAUCGGCCAAUGGCCACAACUGUGCAAAAGGGUAAUGCAACCCCGGCGAAGAGCAUCUCAUUCAAUGCCUCGAAUACUGCAGUUGCCCCUGCCCCUGAGACCUCAGGAACUGUCGUGAUUGUAUUUGAGCCUGGACAUGACGACAUAGUUCGAGCUGUAUCAGAAGUCCUGGGGAAGGCAUGGACAACAACAACCUCAUUGUCACAUCUAUCAGGAGCCAGCGAUGCAGUGGUGGUCGGUAUUCGAUCCGUUGACCUCGCCAACAGCCUGGGGGAACGCCCGAAGUCAAAUUUGAUCUUGAUCAACACACACUGCCUGGAUGAUGGGGGCUUCCCGGACGAGAAGCUCACAGAGUGCUGUCAUUAUGAGUUUCUUUACUCGAGAAGUGCAUUCUUCCGGCGGUAUUUGGCCCGAUUUCUUGCUCUAAUAUUAGGACAAACGAGGCCUCAUGAAGACUUGGCCACGAAGAAACGAACAAACUUCAUUUCGACAACCUUUCCCGAUGUCCGCGCAGCUUUGUCUAACCUUGACAUCCUGUCAGUCGGAUCAGAUGCUGUCGAGAUAAGAGUUGAUUUGCUGCAGGAACCUUUACCGGAUGGCUCUUACCGUCCGAUUCCCAGUCUGAAAUAUGUCGGGGAGCAGGUCAUGCUGCUGCGCCAGCGAACCGAACUCCCAAUCAUUUUCACGACAAGAUGUACCAAGGAAAAUGGUAAAUUCCCCAUGGAUGAUCCUGGUCUGUUCUACAAAUACUUGAACCGAGCUAUCCAAUGGGGCAUCGAAUAUAUCGACGUCGAGUUGUGGCUGCCUGAAGAUAUCAGACGGCGUCUAGCGGAAGAGAGAGGGAAUAGCAUCAUCAUGUCUGCCUUCCACGACUUUUCCGGUACCUGGAAAUGGACCUCCGCGGAGGCGCAGCGGCUGUUCAAGGAAGGUGCCAAAUAUGCGGAUAUCGUGAAGAUGAUUGCCAUGGUGAACACGAUUGAGGAAAAUUAUGAGCUCGAAUGUUUCCGGUCUACGAUCAAAGCCAGUUGCUCAUAUCCACUGCUUUCCGCUGUUAACAUGGGACAGAUGGGUCAACUCUCUCGUGCGCUCAACACCGUUUUCUCUCCAAUCACGCAUCCUCUACUGCCCAUGAUAGCAGCUCCUGGCCAGCUCACUGCUGCUGAGAUCAAUGAGGCCCUCCACAUCAUGGGCCAGUUGCCCAAGCGUGACAUGUACGCCAUAGGCUCGUUUCGCGCAACCCCUCAAACCAUGUUCAUGGAAAAGUGCUUCAAUGAACUUAGUCUCCCGCAUAGCUUCAAGUCGAUCGACCGAGGACCUAAGGAGUCGAUUGAGGCGGUAAUCAUGCAACCGAAUUUUGGCGGCGCAUAUGUCAGCCCACCACUCCCGAGUACGGCUUCAUUUAUUCCUGCGACGAGUGAUGCGGCACACGCGAUCGGUCUGAUCGAUACGAUUACUGUGAACGACGUAGACGGGCAGCACAAGUUCGUCGGAGAGAAUGCAGCAUGGAAAGGCAUACGCGCGACUCUGACACGAGACUAUGUACCAUCCGCUUAUCGGGGCCGUGCUGCGAUUGUGAUAUCUUCUUCCCAGACCGACGCAUCUGCUGCGAUUUUUGCUCUACGCAGCCUCGGCAUCGGCACAGUGUAUACUGUUGGAUUCAAAGCCACUGGGCCCUUAGCUCAAGGCUCAGAGCCAUUCACCUCAAUCCAGUCAGUCAAACUUGUAGGGCAACCGUUCGUCAUCGUUUCUGCACUGCCGCCGGAGAAGUCGCUCCUCGUGCAGCCGUUGCUGCGGCAUUACAGUUCCAAUGGCCGCUCAUCGCCACUCUCCACUAAGGGUAAGGUAUAUCUGGAUCUCACCAGUGGCCCACGAAAAGGGGACCCGAUAGCUGUAGCUGCCAGCGCGGGUUGGACCGCAUACGGCAUUGACGAUGUCAAUGCCUGGACGACGGUGGAAACAUUGCGAUUAUUGGUUGGUCAAAAUGUGCCAUUUGACUUUGUGCGAAUGGCAUCCGGCCGCGGAGCAGUAGAAAAGGAUCAAGCGUCCUGCACAGGAUGCCCAGGCCGCACAACGCCACGAACAUGUGCUCCAUCUCCGCCUCUUGGCCGUAUGUCGCGUCCGCAGGUCAGCAUCGACCGUCUGGCUCCGCGACGGGUGACGUCCGAACCGCGCGAGGCGAUGAAUUGCAAGUCCUGUCGGAAAAGAAAGGUCUGUCGCAUGAUUGUUGCAUGUCGGGUGCAUUUGGUUGCGAUGCUCCCCUGCAAGGUGUUUCAAUGCCCUUAUGCAACUCCUAAAAAGCGAGGCCCUAAGACGGAUGUCCUAGAGGCUCUUUUGAAACGAGUGGAUGGCCUGGAAAAGCGCCUCCAAGAGGAAAGAACGCCAGCAUCUCCAGUUUCACCGGUUAAGGCAACCGCAGAUGAACACAGUCCUCAUGAUAACCAGAGCACUGUCAAUCCUGGGGCGACGGGGUUUGCGUUCACAGAGGUUCAACAGUCGUUGUCGACAUCUCGAAUAGAGACCAAUCUGUCUCCGCACCGUACCAGUAUGGAUGGUGGCUACGGUGCGUCUUUUGCACCAACGCAAGAACGCCCUCCGCAUUUCCAAAGCCAGCAACUCCCACACACGGUGCUAGAUACCUUUUUCUCGCGUAUUCAUGGCAAACCGUACUAUAUCCUAGAUGAAGCGGACACGCGGCAAAAGCACAAACUCGGGCAACUGCCGCCUCCUUUGUCAAUGGCAAUCCAUGCUAUAACCAUAAGGUUCGCAGAUAUAGUCCCGCUAAAAGAAAAAGAGACAUGGUUAGAGUACGCAGUGCAGUCAAAGCGAGCGGUGGACAUUGACGAUCCUUCCGUUGAGACGCUUCAGACGUUAAUAUUGCUCUCUCUCUCUUUCUUUGCCCAUGGGCUAGGUAAGAAGGCAUAUAUGACUCUAUCCAAUUGUAUCACCGUCGCUAUCGCUUUGGAUUUGCAUAGAGAGGCGCCAUCGAAGGUCAAUUUGUCUCCAUCUGAACGGGAAAUGCGUCGACGACUAUUCUGGACUUGUUAUGUUCUCGAUAAAUUCGCCGCAUGUGGCUCGAAACGACCAUGUCUAAUUUCUGACGCCUCCAUUGCCCUCCGCUUGCCUUUGUGGACAGCUUCCGAGGGUGGGUUACACGCCGAGGGAGAAAUGUUCAAUACCGGGCCGAAUAUCCAUUAUUUUUCUGAUCCCCGCCGCAAAGCCCAGGGAGCUACCACUUCGUUGAUCGAUAUCACGCGGAUUCUAGGUAUAACUCAUCAGUACCUAGUAGCUGGAGGAGUAAAGGGAGAUUCCCAUUUCCCUUGGCACUCUUUAUCCAAUCUUUCCAAGAUCCGUCAAGAGCUCGAUAUCUGGGCUGCAGGGACGCAAGAUGUGUUCUCGUCAGUGGACGCUCUGUUCGGCCACCCGGAAAGUACGACGCUGCUACUGAGCAAGCUCAUCUAUCACUUGGUGCAUUGCUUGAUAUACAGACCCUUCUUACCCAUAGACCUGCUGGAGCUCCGCGGUACUGGUCAACAUCAGUCUUGGCAGAUAGGGGCCACAAAUUUGUGCUUUUCGCACUCCAAUGCUAUCGCUGAGCUGGUUGACCUCGGCAGAAAGUCACCUCUUAUCGAAUGGCCGGCUUUCGUGGGGUACUGCGUCUGUACCGCUGCGACAGUACACGUCCAUGGUGUGCAUUACAAGGGACAAGAGGGUGAGGUGUUCUCUUCAAGCGCGGGCUUCCUUGCAAGAGAGAUGCAACAGCUAUCGUGGCUGAGAAACAUAUGGGCUGGAGUACAACACCAAAGAGAAUUGCUUCAGAAUAUUUACACCUGCCACGCUGAACUGGUGCGGACAUUGGCUACUAGCCCCAUGCGCUUCUCGCCUGUCUUCCAUCUUGAAGACUUCUUCGAUCGUUACCCUGGUCUUGCCGUCGAAGGCUCUCACAUAAGGUUAACCGAUUCGCGCGACAUGCAGCAGCUACCAAAGGAUCUCAUCCCUACAACUCCAUCUUCCGCAACAAAUCCCCAAUUAUCGUUCCUACAAAAUCCGCAGCAGACCUCCCAUGCGUCAAUCUCAACAGCAGACGCUAACGCUUUCCCCGUCCUCGAGGAACUAUCUAGUACCCAAAACUUGUUUACACCAUCGGCAUUCGGGCUUUCGCCCCCAGGGUCGUUGUCUGAUACCCUACUUCAUAUUGCGGCCACGCCGCCGUCGAAUCCACAAUACGCUACGUUCCCAUUUGACGCCGUUCGCCGAGAACUUGCUCAUGGUCCUGAUGGUGUCUCUACCAGUAUGACGGCCCUUACGCCCGGAGCGAUCUCACAGGCGAGUGGUUCUCAUGCAACCGCCGCCAGCGAGAAUGGCUCUUCGGAAAAGGACCCUUUCCUCCGCCUGCUGGAGCAAUUGGCCGAGAACGAACAAAACUCGCUGGGAGGUCCGAGUGAACUUGACUUCUUCCUUGGGGCCGUUGAAGGAAGUAACGAUAUACUUCCUAGCCCUGGUGGUGAUUCUGGACGAUCUGAUGACAACGUAAUGCAUACUGAGGAGGAUACUGAAGCCGUCUGA